AUGCUUUCCAAAGCGAGUUCAGCUUUCGUCCGAUCAUUUGUUCGUGCCAAAGAACUUAAGUUUGGUGCCGAAGCCCGUCAGGUUCUCCUUGAAGGUGUCAACAAGCUUGCUGACGCCGUUGUUUCCACAUUAGGACCAAAAGGACGCAACGUCAUGAUUGAGCAGCCAUUUGGCCCGCCAAAAGUCACAAAGGAUGGUGUUACUGUUGCCAAAUCCAUCGAAUUUGCUGACAAAUGGCACAACAUGGGCGCCCAACUUGUUAUUUCCGUUGCCCAGAAGACAAACGAUGUCGCCGGUGAUGGUACAACAACAGCUACACUCCUUACACGCGAACUCUACAAGGAAGCCCUCAAAGCUCUCUCAUCUGGUCUUGAUCCAAACGAAGUUCGCAAGGGCAUGACACUUGCUGUCGAUGCAGCCGUUGCUGAGAUCAAGAAGCUCAGCCGCAAGGUUUCCUCCGACAGUGAAAUCGCCCAAGUUGCUACAGUUUCCGCAAAUGGCGACCACACAAUCGGCGAGCUCAUUGCCAAGGCUUUCAAGGCUGUCGGCCAAGAGGGCGUCAUCACAGUCCAAAACGGCAACUCAUUCGAGCACAAACUCGAAGUUGUCGAGGGCAUGAAGAUCGAUCGUGGCUAUCUCUCAGCCUUCUUCAUGACAAACAACAAGACAAUGAAGUGCGAAUACGAAAACCCAUACAUCCUCAUCACAGACAUGAAGAUCUCUUCAUUCGCUACUAUCGCUCCAGCUCUUGAAGCUUGCAUCCAUGCCAACCGCCCACUCCUCAUCAUUGCCGACGAUGUUGAAGGCGACGCCCUCGCAACCCUCAUUGUCAACAAGAUCCGCGGUGGUCUCAAAGUUUGCGCCGUCAAAGCUCCAGGAUUCGGUGACAACAAGAAGGCCACACUCCAGGAUAUCGCAACAGUCACAGGCGGCCAAGUCAUUGCUGAAGAACUCGGCCUCAAGCUCGAAUCAAUCCAACUUUCCCAGCUCGGCCAAUGCUCAAAGAUCACAGUCUCCAAGGACGACUGCAUCGUAAUGGGCGGCGCCGGCCAGAAGGACUCAAUCAAGGGCCGUGCAGAGGAAAUCCGCAAACAACUCGAAAGCACAGAAUCCAAGUACGAAAAGGACAAACUCAAGGAACGUCUCGCUAAACUUACAGGUGGUGUCGCUGUCAUCAAUGUCGGCGGUGCUUCAGAAGUCGAAGUUAAUGAGACAAAGGAUUUGAUCGACGACGCACUCAACGCUACAAGAGCUGCCAUCGAGGAAGGCAUCGUUGCUGGUGGUGGUAUCGCUCUCCUCAACGCUUCCCUCGCUCUCGACAACCUCAAGAAGGAAUCUCUCCUACAGAGAACAGGAAUUGAAAUCGUAAGAAACGCAAUACAGAUGCCAAUCAAGGCUAUCGCCCUCAACGCUGGAUUAUCUGGCGAUGUCGUUGUCGACAAGGUCUUGGCAAAGAAGGACAAGAAGUUCGGAUUCGACGCAAGAGAGAUGGAGUACGGAGACAUGUUCAAGAAGGGAAUCAUCGAUCCAACAAAGGUCGUAAGACUUUCCCUCAUCAACUCCGCUUCUGUCGCUGCUUCAAUGAUGUCUGCUGACUGCAUGAUCACUGAUGUUCCUGAGGAGAAACCAGCUGCACCGGCCAUGCCGCCAAUGGGUGGUGGAAUGUACUAA